CGUAAACAAAGACAUAGAAAUAGCGAUGUUUUUAUUGUUGUUUGAUAUUUUGAAAAGAUUUUAUGAGUAAAUCAUAAAUUAUAGUAAAUUAGUCAUUUAUUAAAUACCACAUACUGAUCUUAAUGCGUUAUACAUAUGUGUUAUAUUUUUGAUUUGGUAAACCAUACAAAUGCGAAUUGCACCACUGUUAAAAGAAGGUUUAUUUUGGCGACGACGAGAGUUUGUUAUUGCGCAGUCUUUCUCUUGCUUGCAUUCUGACGCUUAUUUUUAGUCUCUUCCUUAUCUUACUGCAUGUGUGUUAUUUCACACAUCUAAUGCAAUCUUGAAAAAAAUAUUUCACAACUAAUGCACAACUGGAUACUGUAGUUCUCUCUAUAUAUAAAGCAACGCCGGUUCAUUGGUUUCUCGGAGAAAGAACACCCAUUUUGUAAGCCUAUCAAUUAUGAUUUAUAUAUUUUAAUAACUCUAAUUGUUGUUUGUAUCAACGUACCACAUGGGUGUCGGAUAGACGUUUACUCUCCUUCUUUACACAAGAAUUAUACAUGAUUGUUUGCCUACAGAAGUCUUCCUUUUUACAUUACUCUUAUUACUUUUAUUGCUAACCUGUGGUCUAUGAUGUGAACUGUAGUUGACAACUUGUAUCUUUUAGUUAUCAUGUUGGUUACGCAGUAAUACCAUGGUUGCUGUUUGCAUUUGUGUUUUAAGUGGUUUACCUGCUUCAGGUAAAACCACCAUCAGUACAGAGAUAACACAGCGUUUAACUUGUAUUCAAAUAUGUUACGACGCCUUAAUACAGUGGCUAGACCUCACUGGGGAGGGAAAAUGGAAACUGGCUCGAAACCAAGUAGUUUCUUUGGUGGAAAAGAUGCUGGAAAUGAUCAAGAAUGUUACAGAUGUGGACCAUGUAUUUCCAUUAAGUGGAAAUGGAUAUAACCUACUGAAUACAGAAUCCGUGUUCGAGGUAUGGGAUAUAUUGGUGCAAUACAAGCGAAAAGGUUUGGACUCCUUAGUGUUUUUUAUUGAUGAUACAAUGCAGUAUCGUAGUAUGAGGUAUGACUAUGUGCAGCUUGCUAAGAAAUAUCAAACAGGUUUUUGUGUAAUUCAAACUAGUUGUCCCCUUGAUAUUUGCAUCAAACGCAAUGAAUCGCGACCAAAACGCCAAUCUGUGUCACGAUUAUCUGUUGUUCAAAUACAUGCACAGCUUGAGACCAUAGGUAGGUGUGCAUGGGAAAAGGAAUGCUCAAUUUUGAUUGAAACUUUUGGGGUUAUCAAUGAAAACACGUAUAAAUCCUUGGUCCAGCUUAUUAAAAAUAAUUUGUCAAACCCUUUGUGUGAGAAUGCGUCACCUGACCCAGUUGAAGUUAAAAACUCAAGGCUUGCGAAUCACAAAAGUGUCCUGCACCAAGCUGAUCUUAUUAUGCGUGUGCUUGUUGGUGAUAUGAUUAAAAGAAUAAGAACUGAAAAUUUAAAAGUUAGAAAUACCCAAGUGUUGAACGCAAAGAAACAAAUUUUAAAAGAUUUAAAACAAGACAUGGAUUUUGAGGAGUUUAUUUCAAGUGAAACUAAAACUGUUGACGUGGUUUGUUUGAAAGGAAAAUUGGAAAAGUUAUUUAAUGUGUUUCUGAAUUUAGACACCAACUAGGUAUGCCUAUAGUUUGUUUAUCUUGAUUCGGAAUAAUAUUUACUGUGUUUUUUCUGCCAUUGCUAAAUAAUAUUUGUUUUCAUUUCUGGUUAAAAAAAGUUUAUAUUACAUAGGCUACCUAAGUAACGGCAUGGGCCUGUACAACUUUGUUGGAUUUGUAGUCAGUUUAAAAUGGAUCGUUUUGGUUGCAGAAUUGUUUUAAACAUGGCUUAUGUUUUAUUAUAUAUUACA